UCGAAAGCAGUUAGUUAGGCCCUCUCCACCCACGCACACGCUGACAAUCACAACACGAGAUCUCGCGUACGCCUCACCCCCCAGGAGACCCUCGCACAGGCCUGAGGUGGACUCCGCGCGCCGGGGAACGCUUCUCAUACCCGGAGCGGGGGCACCUCAACUGACCAUUCAGACACCGCUGACCUAAAGCCAGAGGAAAGUGAGCCAGAAGUUCUAAGUUCACUGACAGGCCUGGGGACCCUGAAGAAACGUUCUGCAAGCAGGAACCGCGCAGAUGUUGACAGGACUGAAGAGAAAGACAGCGAGGAGGUGCGCGCUUCUCCAAGGGACUGCCGCGGAGACUCCUGGGAGCGGGCGCCCGCCUCGAGAGUGCGCAGGCGCACAGGACUGAGCCCAGGCCGGGAAUGAGGCUGGUAGGUUUUAGGGGCUCCGAGAGGCUUCAAAGAGUCGUCUGGGAGCUUCAGCCCAAGAGAGCAAACUGAGUGAGCGGAACCGGGUGGGGAGACCCGGGAGAAAUCCGGAAUCCGAGGCGGGCCUGGUAAUCUUGCAAUUUCAGGACUCUUACCUUUUCCAAAAGAAGAGCUCAAAACAGAAGGCUCAACUUGAAGCCAUGUCUAAGGGUGAACUAGAGGGACCAGUGUCACUGAAGGAUGUGACUGUGGACUUCACUGAAGAAGAGUGGCAGCAACUGGACCCUGCUCAGAAGGCCCUCUACAGGGAGGUGAUGCUGGAAAACUACUGCCACUUCAUCUCUGUGGGUUUUCACAUGACUGUGCCGCAUGUGAUCUGCAAGUUGGAAGAAAAGCUAUGGACAGAGAGAAUUUUUCCAAGUCAGAGCUACCUGAUAAAUCUCACUAAACAAAUGGAAAGGGAUCUCGGUGGUAAACAAGAGCCUACUCAGCAGCAGAAAGUUCAAACUCCAGAACGACCAUGUGAAUAUAAUGAAUAUGACAAAUCCUUCUUUAUCAAAGAAAAGUUAUUUUCAUAUAGUAGAGCUCACAAAGGAGAAAGAACAUUUGGAUACAAUAAGGAUGGAAUUGCAUUCAUGGAAAAGUAUGAUCUGGGUGUCCAUUCUCAUGAACUUAUGGAAAAAAAGCGCUCUGCAUACAGCAAAUAUGAAAAAUUCCUGUGCAGAAAGUCUAUUUUUAUUAUGCAUCAGAGAUCUCAAACAGAAGAGAAACCUUUUCAGUGUCCUUACUGUGGAAACAGCUUCAGAAGGAAGUCUUAUCUUAUCGAACACCAGCGAAUUCACACAGGCGAGAAACCCUAUGUUUGCAAUCAAUGUGGAAAAGCCUUCCGUCAGAAGACAGCUCUCAAUCUUCAUGAAAAAACACAUAUAGAGGGAAAGCCCUAUCUUUGUAUUGAUUGUGGAAAGUCCUUCCGCCAGAAGGCAACCCUCACUAGACAUCACAAGACACAUACAGGGGAAAAAGCCUAUUUAUGUCCUCAGUGUGGAAGUGCCUUUAGAAAGAAGUCAUACCUCAUUGAUCAUCAAAGAACUCACACAGGUGAAAAACCGUAUCAGUGUAAUGAGUGUGGGAAAGCAUUUAUCCAGAAGACAACCCUCACUGUGCAUCAAAGAACUCACACAGGAGAGAAACCCUACAUUUGUAAUGAAUGUGGGAAGUCCUUCUGCCAAAAGACAACCCUCACUCUUCACCAGAGAAUUCAUACAGGAGAAAAACCCUAUAUUUGUAAUGAAUGUGGGAAGUCCUUCCGUCAGAAAGCAAUCCUUACUGUUCAUCAUAGAAUACAUACAGGAGAAAAAUCCAAUGGGUGUCCUCAGUGUGGGAAAGCCUUUAGUAGGAAAUCAAACCUCAUCCGUCAUCAGAAAACUCACACAGGAGAAAAACCAUAUGAAUGUAAAGAAUGUGGGAAGUUCUUCAGUUGUAAGUCAAACCUCGUUGUCCACCAGAAAACUCACAAGGUAGAAACUAUGAGAAUUCUGAUGUAACAUUUUUGUAAAACUUUUAAGUCAUAAUCAACCCUGUAACUAGUGUUGCUUGCAAAUACAAUAACAUUCAGAAGUUUAAGAUGCUAUAUAAUAUGUUUACUACUUGCUGUCCUAUAAAACACAUGUGCACACACAUGUGCAUACAUGUGCACAAUUUCUGAAUAAAUUAAAUGAUGAGAAUCUUAGGAUUUAAAAAAUCCUAAAUUUUUUUAUUAGCUUCAGGCCACUUAAAUUUCUGUUAAAUUGCUAAAAAGCAUUCAAAUUGUUUAUUUUUAUUUCAAUAUUUGUCUUUUUGUGAACCAGUACUAAGCAAUUUCCUGACUGGAAGUGCUGGAAAGAUAUACUGUAAAUAGAAAUGCUUUAAAAGAAAGGAAGUAGGGUGAGGAAUAUAGCUCAGUGGCACA